AUGAAUAACCUCACCAGCCCUCCUCCCCAAAACGACCCCAACCCCACCCUCACGCACAACCUCGAUACCAAUAUCAACCAUCACCAUCGUCUCACAGCAGGAGCAAUGGGCACCGCAAUAGAUGCCUCGUCCACGCAGGCUGCACGCCCACCAACGUGCCCUCGACGCAGAAGUGAUAAACGUCCCCCUCGGGAAUUCGCUGAUGGUGUCUGGGAAAGUGGCGGGGUCGCUUGA